CUCUCUCUCUCGCCAGCCAGUCCUUUCCUUUUUCUCUCUCUUUCCUUCUGUUAUUAAUCUCUCUCUCUCUCUCUCUCUCUCUCUCUCUCUCUCUCUGUACUUGUGAGUAGAGCACGGCCGAGCUGAAUGGGUGAGGGAGGGAGAGUGACAGUGAGGAGAUUAAUGGCAGAUUAUCAUCAUUAGUGCCCAAAACAGUUGCAAACUUUGCUUCCUAAUCAGUACCCUUUUGGGCAAAUUAGCAACCUUUUUUGGGGCUAGUGGGUGCAUCUCCUUCUCUCUCUUCCUCCCAUCUUCAGUCAUCACAUUGACCUCUUAGAGCUUCUCUCUCCCUCUCUCUCUCUGCCCCCACCACCAACCCCCAUUUUCCAAUUGGAGGUGGUGCUCGUGACGCGCUUGUGAAGUCAGGGAUAAGCUCUCCCGGCAGCUUCAGAUACCAUAAACAGGGAAGCAGAUGCGUUGAGUUAAGCCGCUCGUGCAUUUUUGCUAGGGAGUUGCUCCGAGAAUUGGUCUUUUUAUCGUACCGUUUCUCAUAAAGCACAUCUCGGGUAGUCAGAGACAGCUGAUGGGGUAUUUCGUUCUUGUGUGGUGAUGUGGUUAGUUACCGGAAAAAGAUAAUGGGGCACAAAGUUGUUGAUAGUCAGAAAGGCGAUAAGGAGCAAAAGGAUUCAGCGAAGGGGGUGCGAGAAGAUUCAGAUCUUCCCAAAUCUGCUUUGGGAAGGACCUUGAGGAGGGUGAACUCGGAUCACACCCUUGUUCUGAAUGUUAAGCGAUCACAAAGCAGCAGAAGAUGCACAAACAGUGCAACCUUUGAGAGAUUCCAUGGCUUGGAGAGUAGGGUCCCAAAGGAUAUGGUCAGUCUAGAUGAAAAGUACCUUCGGCAUUGCCUGGAGUUGAUACACAAUAGCGCCUCAAAGGUGGCCUCAUUCAAAGUAUCCGUGAACUUAACCUCUUCUAUUUUAGGUGUGCCAACUGGCGGCUUAAAUCCCGCUAAUAAAUUCAGAGUUAGCGAAAGUCCCGACUGCUCGUCCCAAUUCAUUUUUGAUUGCUCAUUGGCCACUGGGACAGGGAAAGUAAGUUCCAGCCCUGCAGGGCAGUGGAUUGUCGGUUCUAUUAUGGGGAGCAAUAGUAUGAUCAGUAUAAUGAAAAACCCAUUAUUUCAACGUUCUGGCACCUUAGAUGGUAAUUUUGGAAUGUCAAACUCACACGACCUUAAAGACUUUCCUUCUGAGGAGAUUGUGAGUUCACCAAGCCAGCUAAGUCUGUGCUCAUCAAUGGAACUACGGAAGGAAACACCAGUUUUGGGGCCUCAAAACAAUUAUGGAAUUGACACUAAGCAUCAGAGAUUCGUUGCAGUGACGAGUCCAAACUCUACGAGUACAGGCACUGAGAAAUCAUCUCUCUCUACCUCUGUCCGAUCUGCGAUUUCUCAGGGAAUGCUUCACAUCACGUGGAAGGGUGGAAUUCCACAUUUCGUAUUCUCUUUAGAUGAUCAGAAGGAGAUCUAUGUUACCAGUUUGAUCGACAUCAAACCUACCAAUUCUGAGGCCCCGCAGCAUUUGUAUCUGUUCUACUCGAGACCACAUGACCAAAAAGGUGUGGUUCACGAUAAGGAACCAUGCCAGCUUAUUGGUAGAAUGAAGGUAACAACUUCCUUAUCCCUCUGCUCAAACAAUUCGAAAGAGGUGGAGACUGAAUUUGUUCUUUUCACUAGUUGUGAGACUUCUGAAGAGACACAGGCUUUGGCAAAUAACCCUAGAAGAAAUAAGGGGCUGCCGAAAAAGAUGGUCGGAUUGUUCAGGAACAGUUACUCAACUAAGCAGAGAAGUAUAUCUCGAUUCGAUGGGGCGACCAGCCCCAUAUUGGAGAAUAGUUUCUCAGCCACAUCCCGAGAUUUCUGCAGUAAUUUGGAUGCAUUAGGCAGUGAUAAAAUUUUGAGAAAUCAUACUCCUACAAAUUUUGAAUUGGCUGCAAUCAUUGUGAGGGCCCAUUCCAGAGACAAUGAACGGCAGGUGGAUGUUGGAGGUUGGGGCUUAAAGUUUCUGAGGAGAGUUGGGGUCAAGAGGAUUCCAGAGUCUCCAGAUGAGACUAUACCUUCUGAUUGUUGCAAUGGGAAAGCUGGGGAUUGCUCAACGAGCAUGGACGUUAUUAUUCCUGCCGGCAUUCAUGGUGGUCCGAGAACUAGAAAUGGCGGUCCUUCAACCCUGACCGAGAGAUGGAAAUCCGGUGGACAAUGUGAUUGUGGUGGGUGGGAUCUUGGUUGUCCACUGACACUACUCAAAAAGAAAUCUACUGAGGAAGAGGCUCCAUCCCAUUCAGAUAUGCAAGGGAAUACAAAAUCCUUUGAUCUUUACUUACAGGGUUCGAAGCAAAGUGUUCCUUGCCUGAGGAUGAUGAAUGUCCGUGAAGGUCUCCAUCUUAUUCAUUUUCAGUCAACCUUGUCAGCUCUGCAGUCUUUCUCAAUUGCAGUGGCGCAAAUUCAUAGCCAGAGUCCAAUUUUCCGACCCAAACUUAGUGAGUUGAAGCAACGGGACUAAGGGAUGGGAAUUUACAUGUUAGUUUUAAGUCUCUUCACAAGGAGUAACUUAAUUAUAAACCAUAGAAUCUUAGCGACCUUCAAGUCUUUAGAUUAGAUUUGUGAGUGUAGUUGGUAGUGAUUGGAUCUAUUUAUCUGCAAUUGCUGGAAUGUAAAGAUACUGCAACUUGCCUAGUUUUGGUUGAUUAUUAUUAUACUAAAGCUUGUGUAGUGGAAUUGGCAGCAAGUUUUGGAGGACCUUCAAGUCGUGCUUUCUAGUUUGAAGUGGAAAGUUUUCCAGAG